CCUCCCGCCUUUGUCGCGUCACUCUGCUGUGGAGCUGAGGCCGCCAUCUUCUUAUUUUUUUUACUUGUGUCGCCAUGCCGCGUGUUUAUAUCGGGAGACUCAGCUACCAUGUCCGGGAGAAAGACAUCCAGAGGUUCUUCGGAGGGUACGGGAAGCUGCUAGAAGUGGACCUAAAGAACGGAUAUGGCUUUGUGGAGUUUGAAGACUCGCGGGAUGCGGAUGACGCGGUGUAUGAGUUGAAUGGCAAAGACCUGUGUGGGGAGCGUGUGAUUGUUGAACACGCUCGAGGACCUCGCCGGGACAGGGAAGGAUACAGUAGUGGCUUUGGAAAUCGCAUCCCAAAUCCAUCUCCUGAUAGAACAGAGCAUUGGAGGCAUUCUUCACAUUCUGAGUCUGGUGGUUACAGGAGCCAGAGAUCCGGCAGGGAUAAAUAUGGACCUCCUGUGCGCACAGAGUUUAGACUUAUCGUGGAGAACCUCUCCAGUCGCUGCAGCUGGCAAGAUCUUAAGGAUUUUAUGAGGCAAGCAGGUGAGGUUACAUAUGCUGAUGCACACAAGGAACGUACCAAUGAGGGAGUGAUAGAGUUCAGGUCUUAUUCUGACAUGAAGAGAGCUUUGGACAAACUUGAUGGCACCGAAAUUAAUGGCAGGAAGAUUCGUCUAGUGGAAAGCAAAGCUCGUCACAGAAGAUCUUACUCUGGCAGCAGGUCAAGGUCACGAUCUAGGAGCAGGCGAAGAUCUCGUAGUAGGAGUAGACACAGUAGCCACAGUCGAUCCAGGAGUCGUUCUCAUUCUCCUGCUAAAAAGACCCGUUCUCGUUCACCAGCCAAGAAGAGCCGCUCCCGAUCUCCUGCUAAGAAAAGUCAGUCCCGUUCUCCAGCUAAAGCAAGUCGUUCUCGUUCUCCAGCAAAGCGUAGCCGUUCCCACUCGCCUGCGAAAAGUCAGUCCAGGUCCAAAUCCAGGUCCAGGAGUAAAGAACGCUCAAGAUCACCAUCAAAGCAGAGAGAGUCUCGUUCAAAGAGUAAACCUAAGUCCGAGCGCGGCUCUCGGUCCCGAAGCAGGUCUAAAGGAAAGCGCAAGAGGUCCCGAAGCCGCUCUAAAGGGAAACGUGACCGAUCCAGCAGCCGAUCAAAAUCAAAGCGUGACCGCUCCAGCAGUCGUUCUAAAGGAAAGCGUGAUCGAUCCAGCAGCCGCUCAAAGAGCAAGCGGUCUCGUAGUCGUUCUAAAGGAAGGAGGGAGCAAUCUAAAGGAAAGAGGGAUGCUUCUAGAGAGAGGUCACGGAGUCAGUCCAAAGAGAAAAGAUCUAGAGACAGAUCCCGCAGUCAGUCAAAGGGAGACAGGGAAGGGUCUAGAGGGAGAUCCAGAAGUCAGCCCAAAGGGGACCUUGAUCAUCGUUCCCGUAGUCGUUCCAGAAGCAGAAGGGAUCGUUCCCGAAGCCAUUCAAACCCUAAGCGGGAAAAGUCUUCCCGUAGCCGUUCCAAAUCCCCUACCCCACAAGAAAAUGGAAAGGAAGAUGCCAGAUCCAGGUCCCAGUCACCAAUGGCCGCCUCUGCUAGCAGAGAGGGUUCUGCUUCUCCUCCUCCACGCCCAGCCUCCGCUGCCAGUUCCAGAUCUCGUUCCAGCUCUCCAGAGUAGCCUGCAGUGUGAAAGAGUUUGAUAUACUUUGUAUUAGGACUGAGCCCUCUGAAGUCUAACCAUAGGCAAACACUUUACUUUGUAUGAUGGUUCAUUUGCAGGAGUUUCCUCCCUACUCUUCUGUACUAAUUUGUUUGGUAAAGAAGAGUAUAAGCUAUGUAAAUACAGAAAGUAUAUCAUUUUUUUUUUUCCUGCAUGUAUGUUCUAGCACCAGAAAACAAUUGGUGCUUGAAGAUGCUUCUUGUUCAGCAGUUUCCUAGUACAGUGAUUUAAUAUGAAACUCCCUUGUAUUAUAUCUGAAUUUGCUUUGGUUUAAAAUAUUAAAUCAUACAGUACUUGAUAGAAAUCAGUUAUAAAAUUGCAGUCUCAAGCCCCCUCCCGCAUUGUAAAUAAUGGUUUGUAUUGUCUUGGGGCAGUUUUUAGGAUGUUCUACGUGUGCAUUUUUUGCAGCGCAAAUAAAGCAUUUUUGUUUUUUUGUUUUUCCGGCUGUACUCCAUUGGUCUCUAGUGUAGAGAUUGAUCACACUGUCUUAGAAUGUAAACCUGUAAUGUGGUUGACUUUUUCAAGGUGAAAAUAAAGUUAAACUUUGCAACCCA